GGUUACACGAUUAGUUGAGAGAAAAGAUGAGAACGAAUUUUUGUUGUUGUUUAAUAGAAUAUAUAUCUGGCACUGAAAUAAAAUUACUCGCAAUCCAAGAUAAUAAAUAGUAAGAGAUACUUGAAAAAGUUUUCGCAUUGCUACGGGGUCGAUAAUGAGCUUACGAGCUACUGAAGAAGCCCUUCGCAGUAAAAAUUGCCGGCUGAUCCGGACAUGGAAAAAGUUUGCGCAAGUUGGGUGUCAUGCAAUACGCAAACUUUCUUCAAACUCGCUCGAGAUGAUAUUAGAGUCAUGGUAAGACGAGACCGCAUUGAAAAAAGCGAUAAAAAGGAGGAAAAAAAAUUGCCAACCGUUGAUGAAGAAGAGAAAGACUUGAAUCAAGGUUUCGGUGAUUGGCUAAGAUCAAGUGACGGUGUGGAAAUGAUGAGACUUUUUGUAAUUGCGAAUUCACUUCUUGUUUUUGUCACAAUCGGUUGGCCAAACAUACAACAAGUAUGGUCCAUAAUUAAGGAUUACAUAACCGGCGAGGACGAAUAAUUUAAGAUAAUCAUCAUAAAAGUA